UUGGUCCACGUAAUCCCGAACCGGGAAAACCACUAGUGGUUUUUGUGCCCGAAAAGAGAGCGGUUUGGAAUUGCUCAGGUAGACUUUCCUUAUAUAGCUUUGUGCUGAUGUGAAUCAUCAGUACAACCAAAGCUAUUUUCGGGAGAAACCUCGGUUUGUCUUCAUUACUUAAAAGCUUCCAGUUCCACUUGAAAUUAAGGAGUUAGAUCGAUUUGGUAGGUGACUGAUGGGAAGGGGAAAGAUUGUGAUAAGGAGGAUUGACAAUUCAACCAGCAGGCAGGUGACGUUUUCGAAGCGGAGGAAUGGAUUGUUGAAGAAGGCCAAAGAACUGGCGAUCCUGUGCGAUGCUGAGGUCGGAGUCAUGAUCUUCUCCAGCACCAACAAGCUCUACGAUUUCGCAAGCACCAGCAUAAAGUCAGUGAUCGAAAGAUAUGGCAAAGCAAAAGAGGAGCAUCAUCAAUUUGGCAACCCAGCUUCUGAAGUUAAGUUAUGGCAAAGGGAAGCAGCAAUGUUAAGGCAACAACUUCAAAACUUGCAAGAGAGCCAUAGGCAAAUGAUGGGUGAAGAGCUUUCAGGCCUGAGUGUGAAAGACUUGCAGAAUCUGGAGAACCAAUUGGAAAUGAGUCUUAGGGGUGUCCGAAUGAAAAAGGAUCAACUUUUAAUGGAUGAAAUACAAGACCUAAACAGAAAGGGAAACCUCAUUCACCAAGAAAAUGUCGAGCUGUAUAAGAAGGUAAACCUAAUUCGUCAAGAAAACAUGGAACUAUAUAAGAAGGUUUAUGGAACAAGGGAUGUAAAUGGAGCAAAUAGAAAUCCCUUUCUGACAAAUGGUCUAGACAUUGGAGAGGACACACAUGGACCAGUCAAUCUCCAGCUUAGUCAGCCACAGCAGCAGAACUAUGAAGAACCAGCAAGAGCUACAAAGCUGGGGUAUAAUGCCCUUCCUAAAACUACAGUGUCUAUUAUGAUUAUCAACUUUUAAUUUUCCAAACCUUGACCAACUUGUUUCUAUGAUGAUUACAGCAGACUUUAGCUACAAUAGCAAAGAAGCUGCAUCAGAUUAGGACAAUGUUACUUGACUUCAUCAAGCACAAGGCUGGUGCGUACAAAUUUACAUUUCUAUCACAGAAAUGUGGUAAAAGAGCCACAGACCUUGAUUUGAAACAAAUAAUUAUUUGCAUGUGUGUAACGAUCAAUGAAACAAAUUAUUUAUGUAAAGAAGAGGUUUCUAUAUAAGUUUAAAAGAAUAAUUGUAUUGCA